AUGUCUCAUCCAUCAGGUAUUAAGAAAAAAUUAUUUACCGGAUGUUUUGAUCCUUCUCAUUCAUUUUGCAUUUUAGAAAUAACAAUGAAUAAAACUAACGCUUCAGCACCGUCGACACCAAUUGUUGAAAAUAAAGUAGCAAUCGUUCCUCCAACUCACACAAUAAAACGAUCUGUUUCAGGUGAAAUAGACGCUCCAUCAAAGAAAAUAAUGGUUCAUCAUCAAUUGGAACAAAACGAUCAAUAUUCUACAACAGCAUCAUUUCCAGCAAAAUUUGUUCGAGCAAGUCAAGUAGCUGCCAUGAAUAAUAUGAACAUCAACGCUAUACCAGAGAUAAGCGAUCAAGAGUUAUUGGAAAUGGCGUUAAUUUUUGAAAAAAAACAUCCCCAGUAG